AAUAAAAGUGGUUAACAAGCGCACAUGCCGCGCAUUACACCUGACACACAACUGGAACUGUUAUCUUAUCAAAACAUGAAACAAAACAAAGAUAGUCAGGGACUGAUAAGCGUUAAAAAUUUCCAGUUGAUACGACAAAAAUGUCUCUUCUUGUCACCAUCUUACUGUUAGCACUUCCGGCAGCCUUCGGAGAAGAUAUCUGCCAAACCUGUAGCUGCAAAACAAAAGCCAACGCCCAAAUCCUUACCCUAAAUUGCGUCAACAAAAACCUAGAUCACAUUUUAAGCAAAUGGCCAUCCCAAAACAAUACAAUAAUCGCUAAUUUUGCCGGAAAUAACCUACCGACACUUGAGCCUCUUCCCCCAACAAAUGCCAGUGUUGAAAUUAUCUUGUCUAGGUGUAACAUCAAAUACCUAAAACCGGCACUAUUUGCCGCUUCACCAGACGUCAAAUUCGUUGAUCUUAGUUAUAAUAAAUUGCCAGCCGAACAAAUAGCCUCGGAAAAGUUUAGAGGGCCGAUAAAUAAUACCGAGUAUAGACCAAUCGCAAUAGAAAACCUAAAUCUGGCAUAUAAUCAAAUCCACAGUUUGGGCAUGAAAGUUUUUGAGCACAUGCCUAAUUUGAAAAUACUUAAUUUGGAAGGUAAUGAUUUUACUAUGCUGGAUUUACACACGCAGCUGGCUUUGUCGUCCAUUAGACAACUUCAGAGCCUCAACUUGGCCAACAACGAAUUGACUGAAAUGAUCGCUGGUGCUAUUGAGACUCAUAAAAAUUUAACCGACUUGAAUUUAUCAAACAAUUUGCUUGAUUUUGUUCCAUUUAGUCUAGCUAAGGUUGGAAAUAGUCUACAAAUACUCAACCUGGACAACAAUCCAAUCAUGGAACUGACCUCUGAGUCAUUCCUAGGUCUAGGAAAUAUAAUCGAACUCUCGGCCAACAACUUAACAAAAUUGAAAUACGUCAACGCCAAUACUUUUGAUUCUAUGCCAAAAGUAAAAAAAUUAAGUCUUUCAAACAACUUCCACUUGAGAGAUAUAGACCGUGAGGCUUUCGCCGCCAAUCAAACCCUUGAAGAAUUUUACCUAAACAACAAUGAACUUUUCAGACUCGACUUUAACCUACUUCCCUGGUCAAAAUUACAUAUUUUUGAAUUCAAAAACAACCCGUUUGAUUGUUCUUGUGACUUGUACAACAUCACACUAGCACUUUCAAAAGACAUCAUCCGAUCAGAAAACGGCCCCUACUGCAUGGAUCCUAGAACGGAACGCGAAAUUCAAGUUUUUUACUUGAAAAGUGAUAUUUGCUCAGUCAAGAGCAAACAUGUGGUUCGUACUGAGUCCAUCGAGUACCAAUUUUCGAUUGUUAGGAUAAGUUUGAUUGUAUUGAGUGUUAUUUUGAUGUUGGUAGCCUUGGUUGCUGCAGUUUUAGGUGUGAUAAAGUAUAGGAGAUACCAGAGGAAUAUGAGUUAUCCCUACGCUACUCAAAUUGCGUACGAUCCCGUUUCAACAAAUGCGCCGCGAUUUUGAGUGUGAGGCAAAGCCGAGUUCCACAAAACCGAAAAGAAUGACAUUAAAACUAAAGCUAAACGUCGAAUUUUAGGUCAUGACCGGCUACCAUAUUAGAUUUUUUUAUAUAUUGAAUUGUAAACUUUGUAUACAGUGUAAGUAAAGAGGAAUAAAAGGAAAUAACAAAAAA